CAAAGUAUUAAUAGUCGGCCUCGUCGCCCUACGUACUAGAGAGCGUUUUCGGAGGGUACCAAGGUGUAGGUGUUGUUCACGGUGAUAGUUUCAAACUCAACUAAAGUCGUAAAGCUAUUACGAGAUGGCACGUACCAAGCAGACUGCUCGUAAAUCUACUGGAGGAAAAGCGCCGAGGAAGCAGCUCGCUACCAAGGCGGCCAGGAAGAGUGCACCAUCCACCGGUGGCGUGAAGAAACCCCAUCGUUACAGGCCUGGAACUGUGGCUCUGAGGGAGAUCCGUCGCUACCAGAAGUCCACUGAGCUGCUGAUCCGCAAGCUGCCCUUCCAGCGCCUGGUGAGGGAGAUUGCUCAGGAUUUCAAGACUGAUCUGCGUUUCCAGAGUGCUGCCAUUGGAGCUCUUCAGGAGGCCAGUGAGGCCUACCUGGUGGGUCUGUUUGAGGACACCAACCUCUGCGCCAUCCAUGCCAAGCGUGUCACCAUCAUGCCCAAAGACAUCCAGCUGGCUCGUAGGAUAAGGGGCGAGAGGGCCUAAGUGGCUAGUGACUGCAUUCUCAUGACAAAUGAUCCUAUUUAUCAUACUUAACCAUUUUGUGGACUCUUGUUUUUUUUUUUUUUUUUUAAAAAAACCAGAUUCUUUUCUUUAUUUUUUUUUUUAGAUUGCGACAAAUCAACCAUUCCACAAGAUUGAGCCCCUUUCAGACAUACUGCUGUCUUAUUAGAUAUGGAUCUGGUUUGUUUUAAUCUUUAAUAACAUGCAACUGUGGAGAGAGCCAUCAUAUGAGCAAAAGGCUUGUAUUGUCAAUAAGGCAAUAAGUAUUGUCAGCUUUGACUUAAGUGUUAGUCACGCUUUGGAACAAUAAGUUCUCCAUUGUCACAAAGUACAAAGCCCCACAACCCAAGCAUGUAACUGAUUACUCUGUCCCACUGCUCUCACAUAUUUGGCUCUCUUCCUCAUUAGGAAUUGCAAAUGCAUCAUUACAGUGUUUUUGUUUGGGGAUGUUUUUUUUAAUGCUUCAUGUUGCUGUUGAGGGCAUUCUCUAGUGAGCUGAGCAACUCACAAAGAUGCACAAGCAGUUGUAAUCUUGUGUGCCCAUCUGAUAAGCGUUUCAGCUUGUACUGUCAAAAAUGAGGUUUUGAUGUUACGACAAAAACUUUUUGUCAGAAUAGUAUUGUGGGUGCAUAAUGAGUCCCAUCACAUCAAUGGGAAAGCGUGUGUCUGAAUGGAGCUUCAGAGUAUCCAUCCACCAUGGGUCAUCUUACAAGCUAUACCAUCACUUAUUUGUUGUGGGUGUUGGGCUCCUUCUGGCCAUAGGGUUCUCUUUGCAUCUUCCAUGGGGGAGGGCAGGGUUUUUAAUCCAUUUACCACAAAAUGCCAGCAUGUCAUGCUCUACAGACAUAGUGUCAGGGUAUUGGCUACCUCAGUUGAUCCUCUGUACUCCGCAACAAGGAGCAUGGCAGACCCCCUGUGUUUUCUUGAUGGCUUUUUAACAUGUUUUUUCCAACAUAAAAUCUUGGCAGCUACAUUUAAUACUAUUUAUGAAAUGUUGUCACAUGUCUUUCUAUUAAAGGUCUUUAUGAGUAGUAAAA